GCAGGCUUUACACAAAGGAAGCGCAAGAUUCGCCUCGAGAUUGAGAUCAACAACAUUAGCAGUGCUACCGAAGUUGCGAGUUUGGCAAUUCAGCUGAACAAGAACAGUUUCAGUUUGAGUCCUGCAUCGCAGCAGAUUGUGUGCAACCCACCUGUUGCUAAAGGCAGUACUGGUCGCACGUUCUGUGAGCUUGUUAUCAAUGCGAACAUGAUGGCUCCUCCUCCUGCGGCGGGACAGCCAGUAUCUCCCCAGGUUCAGAUUGCCAUCAAAAACAUGACCAGUGGCACUGUGUUUUACUUUGCUGUGAACUGCAACUUUGAAGCACUCUUUAGUGCCGACGGUGCCAUGGAGCGUAGUGCUUUUAUUGAAAGCUGGAAGUCAAUUGAUGACAGGUCUGAAUUGUACGGAACGGUUAGCGAUUUGCCACCUGGUGCUGCCGACAUCGAAAGCGUUCAAAAGAAGUUCUUGCAGAACAAUGUCUUCUUCAUUGCCCGCCGUCCCGUCCCUGGUGCUGAGGGUCAGGAAGUUGUCUACUUUAGUAUGAGAACUGUUUCUGAGAUGGAGUUCUUGGCUGAACUAACCUUCAAGCAAGGCGUCAAUGCCUGCAAAGUUUGUCUGAAGACAGAGAAUACUGCAUAUGGACUCCUUGCAAAGCAGGCGUUGGAAUCUCUUCUGCGUUAUUGA